UGCCGGCGGCGGCGGCCAUGAGCUACGAGCAGCGCUGGGAGCGGGGCCGCGGCGGCGAUGGCGGGCCGCGGCCCUCCUCGUCCUCGGGCGCCGCGGGGGGGCACGGGGGCCGCGGCGGCGGCGGGCGGGGGCGCCACCCCAGCCACCUCAAGGGCCGCGAGAUCGGGCUGUGGUACGCGCGGAAGCAGGGCCAGAAGAGCAAGGAGAGCGACCGGCAGCAGAGAGCUGUCGUGCGCAUGGACGAGCGCAGAGAAGAGCAAAUCGUGCAGCUGCUGAGCACCGUCCAGAGUAAAAACGAGAAAGAGCAAGAAGCCAUGUCCUGGUGGUCUGGGGAUGAAGAAGGACACACUCCAGAACAGCCUGCAAAAGUGAAACCAGCUGUGGAAAAAGCUCCUGUAAAGCAGAGACCAAUCUUGGAAAAAACGCUUCUUGAUCGAGAUGCUGAAUAUCUAUUUGAGAAAAACGAUCAAGAUGCUGAUUUAGAUGAGCAACUUAAAGAAGACUUAAGACAGAAGAAAUCUGAUCCAAGAUAUAUUGAAAUGCAGAGAUUCCGAGAGAAGCUCCCUUCUUAUGGGAUGAGAAAGGAACUUGUAAACCUGAUAAACAAUAAUCGGGUAACUGUGAUUAGUGGUGAGACUGGCUGUGGAAAGACUACACAAGUUACUCAGUUCAUCUUGGAUGAUUACAUUGAGCGAGGGAAAGGGUCUACAUGCAGGAUUGUAUGUACUCAGCCUAGGAGAAUCAGCGCCAUCUCGGUGGCUGAGAGAGUUGCUGCUGAAAGGGCAGAAGCAUGUGGUAAUGGCAAAAGUACAGGAUACCAAAUUCGUCUACAGAGUCGGUUACCAAGGAAACAAGGUUCCAUUUUAUACUGUACUACAGGAAUUGUCCUACAAUGGCUCCAAUCAGACAAGCAUUUGUCCAGUGUUAGUCAUGUAGUCCUUGAUGAAAUUCAUGAAAGAAAUCUUCAAUCAGAUGUUUUAAUGAGCAUUAUUAAAGAUCUUCUGAAUAUUCGUUUGGAUCUGAAAGUAAUAUUAAUGAGUGCUACUUUAAAUGCUGAAAAGUUUUCGGAGUAUUUUGAUAACUGUCCAAUGAUUCACAUACCUGGGUUCACUUUCCCUGUGGUGGAGUAUCUUCUGGAAGAUGUAAUUGAGAAGUUGAGGUAUACUCCAGAAAGCACAGACCGUCGGCCACGGUGGAAGAAAGGCUUUAUGCAAGGACAUGUAAGCAGACCAGAAAAAGAAGAAAAAGAGGAAGUCUAUAAAGAACGAUGGCCAGACUAUUUAAGGCAGCUGCGGGGCAGGUAUUCAGCAAGUACUAUAGAUGCCUUGGAAAUGAUGGAUGAUGACAAGGUUGACCUUGACCUUAUAGCAGCACUUAUCAGGCACAUUGUUCUGGAAGAAGAGGAUGGUGCAAUUCUAGUGUUUCUUCCAGGCUGGGACAACAUUAGCACUUUGCACGAUCUCUUGAUGUCACAAGUCAUGUUUAAGUCAGAUAGGUUUAUUAUUAUACCUUUACAUUCGUUGAUGCCUACUGUUAACCAGACUCAGGUUUUUAAGAAGACCCCACCAGGAGUAAGGAAAAUCGUGAUUGCUACCAACAUUGCAGAGACUAGCAUUACAAUAGAUGAUGUGGUGUUCGUUAUAGAUGGUGGAAAAAUAAAGGAAACUCACUUUGAUACACAGAACAACAUCAGCACAAUGGCGGCAGAGUGGGUUAGUAAAGCUAAUGCCAAGCAGAGGAAAGGUCGAGCAGGAAGAGUUCAGCCAGGUCAUUGUUACCAUCUAUACAAUGGACUGCGUGCUAGCCUUCUAGAUGAUUAUCAGUUACCAGAGAUCUUGAGGACACCUUUGGAGGAACUGUGUUUACAAAUCAAGAUUCUAAAGCUUGGUGGAAUUGCUUAUUUUCUGAGCAAACUAAUGGAUCCACCAUCUCGUGAUGCUGUAAUGUUAGCCAUAAACCAUCUAAUGGAGCUGAAUGCUUUGGACAGACAAGAAGAACUGACUCCACUGGGUGUCCAUUUAGCACGACUACCAGUUGAACCACAUAUUGGGAAAAUGAUCCUUUUUGGAGCUUUAUUUUGUUGCUUGGAUCCAGUACUUACAAUUGCAGCUAGCCUCAGCUUCAAAGACCCUUUUGUCAUUCCUCUGGGCAAAGAGAAAGUAGCAGAUGCAAGAAGAAAAGAACUGUCCAAGAAUACUAAAAGUGAUCAUCUAACUGUGGUGAAUGCUUUCACGGGCUGGGAAGAGACUAGACGUCGUGGCUUCAGAACUGAAAAAGACUAUUGCUGGGAGUAUUUCCUCUCUUCAAAUACACUUCAGAUGCUGCAUAAUAUGAAAGGACAGUUUGCCGAGCAUCUUCUUGCAGCUGGAUUUGUGAAUAGCAGAGACCCCAAGGACCCCAAAUCUAAUACCAACUCAGAUAAUGAGAAGUUACUCAAAGCAGUCAUCUGUGCUGGCUUAUAUCCAAAAGUUGCAAAGAUCCGGCCGAGCUUUAGCAAAAAGAGAAAAAUGGUGAAGGUUUGCACCAAGACAGAUGGAACAGUUAAUAUUCAUCCUAAAUCUGUUAAUGUGGAAGAGACAGAAUUCCAUUAUAACUGGCUUGUGUAUCAUUUGAAGAUGAGAACUAGCAGUAUUUACUUAUAUGAUUGUACAGAGGUUUCUCCAUACUGUCUCUUGUUCUUUGGAGGAGAUAUAUCCAUUCAGAAAGAUAAAGAUCAGGAUACCAUUGCUGUGGAUGAGUGGAUUGUUUUCCAGUCUCCAGCAAGAAUAGCACAAUUAGUUAAGAAUUUAAGGCAAGAGCUUGAUGAUCUUCUACAAGAGAAAAUAGAAAACCCACACCCUGUGGACUGGAAUGAUAUUAAAUCCAGGGAUACAGCAGUGCUGACAGCUAUUAUAGACUUAAUCACAACACAGGAGAAUGAAAGUGCGAGAAACUAUGCUCCUCGAUUCCAGAAUGAACGCUACAGUUGACACACUUUCAUUUGUGUUGAUAAAGCCAACUUACCAUUUUUGUUUUUUGUUUUAUAACAUUUAUUUAGGUAGAAGAAAAGCUUUUUAGGGCAAGCUGGUAAUUCCCUCAUACUGAAGAGCAGUUAUUUCAGAAUAGUUGGUAAUAUCUGUAUAUGCAUGGUAUUCUAUGUUCAGUGUAGCUUUUUUAAAUAAGAGAAAAUGCAAUGCUAGCAGUGAUAGUUGGUGUAUGUUCUUGUUCUGCCCCUGCUGACUCCUCUAAAACAGUAACUUUUUUUUUUUCUAUCAGGUAACAGAUACUCAAAAAACCUGCUAAAAUACUGUUUAAUUAAACUGUCGUCAUCUUGCCAUUGGUAAAAACAUUCCCCCCCCCUUUUUUUUAAAUUGGGAUGGAAAGGGAGUAUUUAUACCUGUUGUGUGUGUGUGUGUGUAUGUGUGUGUAUAUAUAUAUAUAUAUAUAUAUAUAUAUAUAUAUAUAUAUAUAUAUAUUCUAGCAGUGCAGCAGUUUCCUUCACCAACAUUUCCACAGAAAGUAAUUGUAAUUUAAUUAUAACCUAAACUUGAAAACAAAUGUUGUAUUUCUACUGUGGGAAGAAACAAUCUUCAAAAAUAUUCUCUCCUUUCUUUAAUUCAGUUCAUCUUUUUUGCCUUCCAUGCCCAUCAGUCAUUGGUAUUGACUAAAACACUAAACAGUUAAUGACAGGAAUGAUACUUGGAUGAAAAUCACGAUGGGAGUGAGCUUGGGAAGGUUUCAUCGUAUUCUAGUUUUUCUUUUUUAAAGCAGUAUGUGUAUGGGUUAUGUAGUACUACAUUAAAAGACUUUUCUUUAAA